CUAAACUCCCUUGUAAAAGUACCCGUGCAUUCUCCGUUAUAAUAUAAAUUGGGCUACAGGUGUUCCACCUAAAGUCCUACCGGUCAAUCUGCGUGUUUUUACCUUUCUUACUUUGCCAAAUCAAGCAAACUAUUCUAGACCCGGUCUAGUAUAGUUUGACCGGUCAAGUAAUUUACACUAUCAUUUUUGGCGCCGACCAUGGGACCGUUAAGGUUUCUUCUCCUAAACACAAACCUACCCACCAAAACACCACUCGAAAUGUCUUCCAGCCAACAAAUCAACGCUACUUCCGCUCAGGUGCAGGCCACCAACGAGGGAGCCAGCAUCCCUGUGGCUGCUACCAUACCGGUGAUUUCAGCCCCGGUGUUGCCCCUGGGUCUGAGCUCUGUCCCGACGGCCAGCGUGAUCAGUCCCUUCGUGACCCCCGUCCCUUCCGCUGGACCGAGGGUAACGUUCCCACCAAGCAUGACUCAGUUCAUGAACGACCCAGCCAACCUACAAGCCAUCCAGGGCUUUGGCCAGGUCAUGGCCAUGUGCCAACAGAACGGGGGGAUGCCUUUCCUCCCUGGUAUGUUCCCAUUCGCCCCUCCAAGCGCGGGGACCAUGCCCCUACAAGCUCCGAUGGCGGUGACGUCGUUCCAGACGCCGAUGCCGCAACCAUCACCUUUCCAGCCCCAGCUGGUCAGCACCAUGGCCCCUGUCAACUUGUCCAGUGCACUUAACGCUGCAGGGCCGUCGCGUCCCCCGCAAGCUACGGAUCCGCAGAUCACUCCUGAUGGUCAUUGUGUCUCAAUUGAGAGCGAUGACGGCGAGUGGGACAUCCCGAGGGCCCACAAGAAGAAGAAAGGAAAAAACAUCCGGCCAGCGACCUCCCGAAACUCCGCCUUCGAAAGGCUGGGGGAUAGGGACGAAGGCCAGAGGAAGUCAGCCAAGCAAAGGCUGGGGCAGAGCGUUGCCCAUGUCAGCGCAUUCGCCUGGUUAGGCGAGGUGCGGGAGGCCAAGCCUGCACGCACCCGGCGCUCCCGGUCUAACCGGCAGGAGCCAGCGAGGACGAGGGCCUCCCACCAGGAAGGGGAGGCAGAAAGCCAGCCCAGGUUACCGGUGGCGAACCGGUUAACCAUCCCAAACGACCGCGUCCAGCAGAUGGAGGCAAAGCUGGAAAGGCUGGAAAAGAAGGUCGGGGAGAAGAAUGACCGGGACAAACCCCUGGCAGGGUCCCCGUUCACCACAAGGGUCCAUCUGACACCUUUCCCGCGAAAGAGGAAGAAGUUCACCUAUCUUAGUACAGCCGGGCAGAGGGAGUCUGAGAACCUCACUCAGUUCCUUACCCGGUGGAAGGAAGAGGUAGACAAGGUGGAAGAGAUGGAUGACAAGACCGUCCUCUCCCUCCUCUUGAAUGGCUUGCGUGCUGGGGAACUAUACAAGGAGUUCUGCCGGAAACCCCCAGCCACAUACCAAGAGGCCUACCAUAAUGCAUGGGAGUUUGCUGAGGCUGAAACCCAACUCCGGGCAAAAAGAGAAGUUGAGCAUGGUCACAAGUCCAAGCCGGUGCAAGUCAAGAAGGAAGAAGCACCGGGACCUAGCCGGCCGAGGCACCACUAUGACCCGGUCAUCCGAGUGGUCAAUACGGAGGAAUGCCAAGAAGUCCGAAAAGCACCGGUCAUUCCACCAGAAAACCCUACCGGUCAAGUUGGGCGGCAGUGGUCGGGCACCUAUUGUUUGUACCACAGGUCUGAUUCCCAUAACACCUCCGAAUGCAAGAGUGUUAAAGGGGUCAUCCGGCAGAUGAUCGACAGUGGAGAGCUGGGCAAAGAUUACUUGCAGAAAGCCCAGGAGAAGAGUCAUCAGUGGGUUAGGCCAACUGCCCCAGGGAAUGACCGGGACAAUGACCGACGGAGGAAUAACCGGCCAAGGGAGCGGCAACCUGCCCCCGAAAAAGAACACAUCGGCAUGAUCUUCGGCGGACCCGAGGGUGGAGAUUCAGCCGCGCAGUGGAAGAACUGGGUCCGGAGCAUUUACGUUGGAGAAGUAAGUGCUGAACCGCCCAGGCGUAAGCAUACUAGGAGGGAGCCUAUCGUCUUUACUGACCGGGAUCUCCCUCCUACCGGUGAAGAUCACAAUGAUCCAUUGGUCAUCACCAUGGACAUUAAUGGGAUGGAUGUCGCCCGGGUACUUGUUGACACCGGUAGCAGUGUCAACAUCUUAUACCUGGAGACCUUCCAGAAACUCAGGUUGUGUCGAACACAACUUGAACCCCUCAAAACCCUCUCUCAGGCUUCACGGGGGAUACCGUUGAAGCUGAAGGAUCCAUAGUUCUACCGGUCGAACUAGGAUCAGGUGAAAAGACCGUGUGGAAGAAGAUGCGGUUCAUAGUUGUGGACAUCAAAUGCGUCCACAACGCAAUUCUAGGAAGGCCAGGCAUCAAUAAAGUCGGGGCGGUGAUUUCCAUGCCUCAUCUAUG